AGCUCAGCAAGAUUCCUGGCAGUGAAGAGCUACCUGUCUCCAGGAUUUAUGUAGGGCCCAGCAACACCAUGUCUGAACUGAAAGAUUGUCCCCUUCAAUUCCACGAUUUCAAGUCUGUGGACCAUAUCAAAGUGUGUCCACGCUAUACGGCGGUACUGGCCCGUUCUGAAGAUGAUGGCAUUGGCAUUGAAGAGCUUGACACGCUACAGUUAGAGCUUGAAACAUUGCUGUCAUCUGCAAGCCGCCGACUUCGGGUGCUGGAGACGGAAACCCAGAUCUUGACAGACUGGCAAGACAAGAAAGGAGACAGACGAUUUCUGAAAAUUGGCAAGGACCAUGAGGUGGGUCCUUCUAUCAAACAUAGCAAGCUCAAGAAGCAGAAGCUAGAUGUGAAAGGAAGCCACAGCACUCCAGGACGGCCCAAAUCCAAGAACCUCCAGCCUAAAAUUCAAGAGUAUGAAUUCUCAGACGAUCCAAUUGAUGUGCCCCGUAUUCCUAAAAAUGAUGCACCCAACAGAUUCUGGGCCUCAGUGGAGCCAUAUUGCGCUGACCUCACCAAUGAGGAGGUUCGAACCUUAGAUGACCUUCUCAAGCCACCUGAAGAUGAAGCUGAACACUACAAGAUCCCACCCUUAGGAAAACAUUACUCCCAGCGCUGGGCCCAGGAAGACCUGCUGGAAGAGCAGAAGGAUGGGGCUCGGGCUGCAGCUACUGCGGAUAAGAAGAAAGGCAUCUUGGGACCUCUGACUGAACUGGACACUAAGGAUGUUGAUGCUUUGCUGAAGAAAUCGGAGUCCCAGCAUGAACAGCCAGAGGAUGGAUGCCCUUUUGGGCCUCUCACCCAGCGCCUUCUGCAGGCACUUGUAGAAGAGAACAUCAUCUCCCCCAUUGAAGAUUCGCCUAUUCCGGAGAUAGCAGGCAAAGACUCCGCAAUUGAUGGUGCCAGCACUUCCCCUCGCAGCCAGAACAAGCCCUUCAGCGUACCCCACACAAAAUCUCUUGAAGGCCGCAUCAAGGAAGAGCUGAUUGCUCAAGGGCUGCUGGAGUCAGAGGACCGACCGGCAGAGGACUCGGAGGAUGAAGUGCUGGCCGAGCUGCGGAAGAGGCAGGCUGAACUCAAGGCGUUGAGCACACACAACCGGACCAAGAAAGUCGAGCUGCUCAGGCUGGCCAAAGAGGAACUUCACAGGCAAGAGCUGCGGCAGCGUGUGCGCAUUGCGGACAACGAAGUGAUGGAUGCCUUCCGGAAGAUCAUGGCCGCCCGCCAGAAGAAGCGCACCCCAACCAAGAAGGAAAAAGACCAAGCUUGGAAGAGCCUCAAGGAACGCGAGAGCAUCCUUAAGCUGCUAGAUGGUUAAUGCUACAAGACGCCUGGCCGAGCUUCUCCAUUUGAACCAUAACGGAGGCCCCAGCUUAAGGG